AUUCUUUAUUUGAGGACUUGGUUGAAAAGCAAUGGGGGAAAGGCAAGAUAUAUGAUGACAACUAUUGCAUCAUUCUGCAACAACAAACAAAGCCAGCCCAACUUUCAUCAUAGGAAUUAAAGAAAGAAAUGAGUUUUUCCAUCUCUUGCAUCAUAAAUUUCUGUAUCUGAAUUUCCACCCCACCAAAUAUCAAAACUGCCAAGCUCAAAAUCCGCCCCCUUGUUCUGAGAAGAAAGAGAGUUAGUGAUGGUAAAGUUGGAGUCUUGAAAUAAAAGACACAGCAGAUAGUAAGGUAGAGAUCAAAAGGCAGAAUAAAAUUCUGCUCCUUUUCCUCUCUUUCUUUCCUCAGCAUUUUGUUGUCUUGUAAUGAAUGAAAUUUUUGGGUUUCUCAAAAAAGACCACACCUUGUGCUUCUCGCGACUUGGAGGGUUCAUCCAUACUUGUCUUUAAAAGGGCUCUCUUUUUGUGGCUUUAACAUAUUGUCUUUGGCGAGAAAGAAAGCAGCUUUCUUGCUAGAGGAGAGCAACUAGAGAGUUUUGAGGAAGAAAGAAGGGAGGAAGAUGGAGAUGAUGCAUUAUCAGCAGCUGGGCAGGAGUUCUUACAGGGAUUCUUUGAAGGUUUUGGAGUCUGAUGUUCAGCAUGCAAAUUCUCUGAUUAUGGAUGUGUAAGGGUCAAAAGUGCCGAGGUCUUUCUAUUCAGGGGCUGCCGCCAUUCCGAAAGCUAAGGGAGGUGCACGUCUUCAAAUGAAAUUGGUGUACAAUCACUUGGCUCCUUUCUUUCUGUUUCUUCUUCAGUGGGUUGACUGUUCCUGCAUGUGUUUUUUUCCAAGAUACUUCAAUCUUUGUCACAUUCUCAUUUACAAGGUGUACACAGAUGGAAGGCCGAAACUUUCGACUCGUGGAAGGAAAGCGUCUAUCAAGGACUUUUAUGCUGUUAUAUUGCCAUCACUGGAGCAGCUCCAUUAUGACUUGGUGGAGCUGGAAGGUACAAACAAUGAAUAUCUUGUUCCGAGAAGUAGUGACAAGAAGAAACUGGAAGGAAGUGGAUAUCCCAACUUAGAUUCCGAGAGAGAUGACGAAUGUGGAAUUUGCUUAGAGCCAUGCACCAAAAUGGUCAUGCCUAAUUGCUGCCAUGCAAUGUGCAUAAACUGUUAUCGUGACUGGAGCACAAGAUCUGAAUCCUGCCCGUUUUGCCGUGGUACCCUAAGAAGAGUCAAAUCAAGAGACCUAUGGGUUCUAACAUGCAAGGAUGACGUGAUUGACCCUGAAACUGUCUCCACAGAAGACUUGCGACGAUUCUACCUCUACAUCAGAAACCUGCCAAAAGAUUCUCCUGAAGCAUUGUUCUUAGUGUAUUAUGAAUAUCUGAUCUAAUGUGAAUGAGAGAAGGGGGUAUAUGUAGGAAAAGCCGACCUUUAAAUGUAUAUAGAGUCGGGUAAGGAAAAGUUCUCCCAGACUGUACAUCUAAAAAUAACCACCGCUUUGCUUUUGCAUGUGCGGUGUUCUUGGGAAACUUUUGAAUUAGUAAAGAGUUUUAAAGUAUUCUCCGCC